UUGAUAUCUUACCGAUUUACAAGCAUAAAAUACCGGAUCUUGCUGUGUUUUGGCGGAUCUGUUUCAAAAGUGGCAAAAAUAUUUUUAUUUGAAGUGAUUCAAUUUGUGUUUGAAAUUGUAAACGUUGUAGAUAUGUUUCAUUACGGAAAAGAUUAUAGUUACAGAUAAUAAACAUCCUGAGUAUUCUAAUCAAAUAAAGCUCGAUGCUUACCUCCAGAACAGGACCUGUAUACACAUUCUAACGGGUGAUCGUCAGUCUUGUGCUGUCGUUGCAAGCGAGUCCAUCGGGAGUGUUUGGAUCAUUGUAUUAUUAUGAAGCAACGUUAAAGUGAUUUUGUUUUCCAUAAAAAAGUGUCACAAUUUCUAAACGUUAAGAAUGCUUAAUAACGCUGGACUGAUUGUGGUGUUUACACAUUACUGAUCGGCAGGACCGUAUGUUAGGAAAAUCAUACUAUGAAUUAGAACAUUUUGAAAGGAAUAAAAUUGAGUAAAAAUGGUCAAACAAAUUACUGAAAACCCAUAUGGACAGUUCUCAACCGAGGACUACACGGUGUUUGUCGUGAUGUUGAGUGUUUCGGCUGCCAUUGGUAUCUACUUUGGAUUCUUCCAGGGAAAGAAGAACCAAACUACGGAGGAUUAUCUUCUCGGUGGCCGGAAGAUGAAAACAUUCCCCAUCGCAGUAUCAUUGAUCGCCAGUCAGCUUUCCGGAGUAUCGAUCAUGUCUGUCCCAGCAGAGAUGUACUCGUACGGCGCACAAUACUGGAUCAUCGCACCAACCAUGCUUGUCAUCGUGCUAAUCAUUAAUUACGUUUUCGUACCUGUGUUCUACAACAAUCAGAUAACAAAUUGCUAUCAGUACCUGGAAGACCGGUUCAGUCCAUCGGUGAAGAAGUUCGUCACAUUUACGUACGUUCUUAACAUCUACCUGAUCCUGCCGAUUUUCAUCUUUAUCCCAUCGCUUGCCUACGCUCAGGUGACGGGAACGAACAUUCACCUGAUCAAUGGGAUCGUGUGCUGUGUUUGCAUAUUCUACACCAUGCUCGGAGGCAUCAAGGCGGUUGUUUGGACAGACGUCGUACAAGGGGUUAUCAUGUUUGCCUCCUGCUUCCUGGUGGUGGCAGUCGGUGUCUAUAAAGUCGGCGGCUUCGAAGAGGUGUUUAGGCGAGCAGCUUCCGGUGAUAGGCUCGACACGUUUGACAUGACCUUUGAUGUUACGAGGCGACAGACAUUCUGGACGGCUAGCUUAGGAAACGUCUUCCUAUGGACGGGAUAUUUGGGUCUGAAUCAGAGCUGUGUGCAACGAAUGGUAGCCGUUCCCAGCAUUCGACAUGCUCGUGCUGCUUUGUGGAUUUUCUGUGCCGGGUUCAUCAUCAUAACAAGUUUGAACUGCUUCACAGGGAUUGUUAUUUUUGCGAAGUACUUCGACUGUGAUCCAAUCAAGGUCAAACUGGUAGAGAAGGCUGAUAAACUGUUGCCGUUCUUCGUUCAGGAUGUGGUCGGUAAUCUGAAGGGGAUGCCCGGAGUGUUCAUCUCGUGUGUGUUCAGCGCUGGUCUAAGCACGAUGUCCGCCAAUUUGAACUCACUCGCAGGUAUUAUCUAUGAAGACUACAUUCGACCGUACAAGUUGUUUAAACACACGGACUCUUCCGCUAACCUCACCAUGAAAGUGUUGAUCCUGUGCAGUGGACUUUACUGCAUCGUAAUGGGUUUAGUGGUCGAACAGUUUGGGCACAUCCUGCAAAUGGUCGUGACAAUCGCCAGCGUCACGCAGGGUGCCGUGAUGGGCAUAUUCUGUCUCGGAAUGUUGUGGCCCUGGGCCAACAAACACGGUGCUCUGUGGGGUUCAGCUGUCAGUGUGAUCGGGGUGUCCUGGAUUAUUACGGGGGCACAGUUUGCUAUAAAAAAUGGUGAUCUUAGUUACCCACCGAAAUCGACGAGUGUGGAAGGAUGCGCAGACUAUGGGUUCAACGUUACUCAAGCUGACAUGUUCGGUAUACUCGAAGAAACGGCGUCAGGAUUUUCGAUCUAUAAGAUUUCAUUUGUGUGGUACUCGACGGUUGGAACGUUUCUGGUAUUCCUGGUCGGAAUACCUGUUAGUUACCUGACGGGUUCGCAAGACUUGAGCAAAAUGCAGUCUAAACUGAUUUCACCGGUGGCGCAUUGGAUGCUACCGGGUGAUGUGCUGCAAAGCGAACUAACGCUCAAACUGGACGAUGAGAAGCUGGAGCGAACUCAGAUCAAAAACUGGAUUCUGGACCCAGCGGACGAACAAGAAAGGAGGAAGCUUAACGAGUCAAAUGAACAUAUUUUGUAACUAUUAGUAAUAUAGAAUUAAUUAGAUUUUUUGUAGUAAAAACAAGUAUUUUUUUAGAUGCAAAAUUUUGGUAACUAGAUUCUUCGUAGGAUUUUUGUAUUUACGCGAAGAAAAAAGUACAAUUAAAUACCUACAGCUGA